AUGGAGCACGGUCGCCCCUGCAGAUGCUGCGGGUGCACAAUGCGUUUCUGCCCGUGCUGCGGCGCCGCGCUCGCUGGAAAGCGCGGCGGCGCUGUCAAGGGCCAUCAUAGCGGUAACGACGGCGGCCUAUUUUCUUGUAACUCAUCCUUACGUCCUCAUUCAGCGGCUGAACGCGCGGAGGGCAGUGGUACGUCGGUGCCGUCUUGUCAGAGCACUGCCGCCUCGCGGGAGCGACUGCCACGUCGCCCUGUCAGCGCCUACGAGGUGUACCUGACAGCAAUCCAUGGUGUCGUCGCCGAUGAUGGUGGCAAGGAGGCGGCGGCCGCCUCAAGAGCCCUCGCAGUCCCACGGCCGGCUAUGGCGGCAGCAGAAGGCGGACAACACCAUGAUGAGCAGGUGCGCGCUGCUGCUCUGUCUUGGCUACGCAUGACGCCUGCGGAGAAGCGCGUCUACGAGGAGGAGGCUCAAUCGUGGCAGACACGACUGGAGACACGGAGCACAGCUCCACUCUCAGCGCACGACUUGAGGGAGGGCUCAUCAUCGGCCGCCACGCUGCCUGACGCGCUUCCUUCGGUGGAGCGGCUGUUCUCACAGCAGCAGCAUGCAUCGCAUCUCGUCGCGCAGCGAUCAUCCAAGAAGUCUUCCCCGGAGCACCUGCCGCGCAGCAAGAGCAGCUUUGCGCUGUUUCGUGCGCACAUGAAGGGGCGGCGCAAGAUGUGCAUGCGGGAGCUGUGCGCCGUGUGGCGGAACAUGUCCGCGGAGGAGAAGGCGCCGUAUGACGCGGUGGCAGCGAGUAAGCGCACCGAGCAGUUUCUCUCGCAGACACUGUCAGCACCGGACAGCCCGUCGUAG